AUGAACGACAUUUUGACACGACAAAUACCUGCAAAAUUGACAGCUCAGAUAUAUCAGUUGAUAAUUGGAGAAGACGUCAUUUGUCAAAAAUAUAACGUGCAAAUAAAAAUGACAGAAGGAAACGUAUUUAAAAUUUUAUUGCAAAAAGAAAAAUUAGAUUACGACUUUGAUUGUCCAAAACAACAAUUAGAAACAGUAAAAUUAAUUUCCAAAAAUCUGAGUGAAAUCAUCUAUGAAACAUACAAACAUAAAUCUUUAGCUAGCUCUUCGAAAAGGUAUCAAAUUUUGAAGUUUAUUAACAAUGUAUGCGUAAUACCUGAUAAUCAUGAAUACGAAGAUUACACAAAAUGUAUAUUAAAGCAGCUAAAUGAAAAAGGAGCUCGAUUCAAAAAUGAAGAAGUUACGAAUUUUGCAGAAGAACUAACUUCGGAUUUAGAAAAUUAUGAAAAUAAUCGAAGCCUUCGUUACUAUACAAGAAAAAUUAAUCGUGAACGAGAAAAAAGACGUAAAAUUGAUAUUUUAAAUGAAAAAAUGCAAGAGAAAUUAUCAAAUAAGAGCCUACUAGAAGUAAAAAAGCGAUACAUUUUUGAACCAAACGAAAUCCUAAUGAAGAAGAUUUUAGGGAUUAAUGAUGUUGACAAAAGCCUUUCUGAUAGAUUUAGGAAUAUUGCUAAUCAAGAAAAUAGAAACACUGAUAUAACUUUAUCGUAUGCUUUGCUCAAUAUGGGCGAGACUGAUUUAUUAGAAAAUAUUUUUGAUAAGAUAUCAAAGCACAAAAAUUUUAUAAAUUCAGAAAGGAAUUUCCUUCGAUACACCUGGAUUACUCAAAACAAAUCUAGUGCCUUCUUCGUACAAAGAUACAUUAAUGCAUUUUAUUUUUUAUUAGAAGAAACCAUUUUGAAGCAGGCUUCGGAUUUAUUAGGUAUCGAAAGCCAAGAUGAAGCAGAUGAAUAUUUCACAAAUUUAAGGAACAAUGGCGAUAUAUUAAAACUUAGAGAAGUUUGUAAAUACGACUACAAUUGUUAUUUAAAGUUAAAAACGUUAUUAUUUGAAUUGUAUUGCUUGAGUUACUGUAACGAGAAUAUCAUUAAAUUAAUUGAAUUCAUUUCAUAA